CUUCAUGGUCCUACUCAAAGAACAUGUUAAUACAUACUCUCCGUUUAAAGCUGCAGUAGAGGAGGAUGUCAAGUGUCCCUCUGCACAUAUACUAGCUCUAGUAAUCUUCAUAGCAGCCAUAGCUCUAUACAGUACUAUUACUUUCAUAAGGUUUGCUAGACAGGUACCACAAGAGGAAGUAUCUUUGGAGGAUAUAGCCAAGUUUCGGCCAAUGGAUAUAUUCGUUUACUUCCAAUGUGAUAGGAGUGAUGGAUGUGUUGGCCCAUGGGAGGUUUAUUGGAAUUAUGAUAUUAAACGUUUUCCAAAUUGUGCUACUGUGUAUCCUCCUUCAAUACGUUACCUUAAUCCUGUUAAUGGUACUCUCAAGGUAUGCCCUACCAUUAACUCACCUAUCAGCCCUAAUGGUGCAUUUGUUAGGAUCAAUUGGAUUGAUAGUAGCUCUGAGAAUGGUGGAGAGCCGGGACGAGCAUUUAUUGGUCUACAAACUCCCGAUAAAGAUGGUCAUCCAGCGGGAGAGAUCUCUUGGGUUGAGAUUCAAUUCGGCCAUUCCAAGUUUGUAACGGUGGGUCUUACUGUUAGGAAGGAUAAAGGCAGUGAUGGAACUACAGCUGAGCUACCACGAUUAGAUGGAGUCUCAUAUAGUGGUAGGAGUAACCUAUCGGAUACCUCUGGAGGUUCAGCUGACCUACACUUCACUACUUCACAGUUUGCAACGGUUGUGACUACCGGACUGGCGUUAUCUAUAUCGGAUGUUCUUGCACUCAUAGGAGGUUUUGCCGGUUUCAUAUUCCCCAUUAUAGCAACGGCUACUGUUCUUUUGGAAAUUGCCUAUUUGAAAUUUGCUAAGCGAAGAGAACCAGAUGAAGAGGAUAUCUCCAAUGACAGAGGUAUAGAGGUGGAUGAAGACGUUGAUACCGAGUCGAUAAAGGUGGUUGAUAUACCCACACAGACUAUCCGUCAAUCUUGAUUGGACGACACAACACUUCUCUUGCAGAACUCUGCCGAGUUCGACGCAAGAACAGGUGUUCUUCUUCUUCUUCCUUUUAUCAUUACUAGAUUGAUCGCUACUAUUUGAUCUAACCAUAAAGCCUGUUGGCCAACUCUGUUGUUGAAAUCUCAAGUAAUUCCCGAGGGUAUCUGUC